AUGGAACAAGAUUUAAAUGCGAAUUGCAAAUAACUUGAAGAAGUUCUUAAGAACAAACUAAGCGAAAAAGUUAAAAAAGGAAUAUCAGGGAAAAUUGAUUAAGUAAAUAACAGCGUGAAUAUUUUAAGCUAGCAAACUAUGGGCAAGGCUAUCAAUGAUGAGCAAAUGAAAUAGCUUAUGAAUCAUUUAAGUCUAAUUUCAAAAAAUUUGUAAGAGAUUUUUUAGAAAGAAAUAAUUUCUGAAGAUCCUAAAAAGAAUUAAACUUUUAUAGACAAGCUGGAUGGUUUUUAGAUUGCGGGAGAGACAUUUUCUGGGUUUGAAAGACAGCCAUUCGUAACAAAACACAAUGAUAUUUUGGUUGAUUUAAAUUAAGAAGCGAAUUAAUAUUUGCAAAACAAGAUCAAUCUUCCUCUUAAUGAUAAAACUGGAGAGAAUUUCUUGAAUUUAUUUUACAGAAGCAAUAAACUAUAUAACAGCAGCAUAGAUAAUCUUUUAGAUGGGAUUAAAAAGAAAACUGAUUUAAAAACAAUCAUUACUUAGAGAAUGACCUUAGAAGAUAAUUAUUCAAGACAAAUAAUGGAUUAGUAAUUAAUGUAAGAAGAAGAAGAAAUCUAAGAUUAGCAAUUAAAUUAUAUACAAAACGACGACAAUAAUAAUAUGAAUAUGCAAGAUUAAUAUAAUCAAGAUGAAUGUAUGAAUAUGAAUUAAAACGAUGAUGAUGAUUAAAUGCUUUAAAAUGAUAAUUAAUUAGAUGAAGAAGAUGAUGAUGAACAUAUUUGA